UGGACUACAAAAGCCUUGUGAGUAUUUCCUUUUCCAUUUACCUAUAUUUAUCAUGACUUCUUCUCCUUUUUCUUUAUUGCAAUGCAACUACAACUACUUUUUUCCAAAACAAUGUUUCUUUGGCUGGAUCAUGUAAACAAAUCAUUGCUCAAGUUUUGACUAUGGAUCAUUCUUCCUUCAUCUUUCAUUAUUUCGGUUCGUUCAUGAUCAUAUCCACUCUUUUCGGCGUUUUUUACUUUGAACUUCACCUUCAAAAUUCAAUCCACACCCCCCUCUUGAUCUUGAUCACCCCUAGCUUGUAUACUAUUGUUACUUUGUUAGCUUUUCAUGAGUAACUUUGUAUGUUAUAGUCACGAAUCGGAUUCGUUUUUAGCAUACUCCAACUAGCAAUGGGUAUUUCUUGUUUUAACCCUCUAAGGUUCAAGAAGAAGAAGAAGGAGAAGCCCAUUCCAUACCCAUCGAAAGCGCCAUGGAAAAGUGAGAUGGAGAACAUGGAGAGGAAGAGAUUUGACAGUCUUGAAUCAUGGUCCAUGAUUUUGGAUUCCGAAAAUGUUGAAACAUGGGAAGUGGCCAAGGAAGAUCAAGAAGAAUGGACUGCUGAUCUUUCACAACUUUUCAUAGGGAAUAAGUUUGCUUCCGGUGCUCAUAGUCGGAUUUAUAGAGGGAUCUACAAGCAAAGGGCUGUGGCUGUCAAGAUGGUCAGGAUCCCAACUCAUAAAGAUGAGACAAGAGCCAUGCUAGAACAACAAUUCAAAUCAGAAGUUGCUUUGCUCUCUAGACUAUAUCAUCCCAACAUAGUACAGUUUAUCGCAGCUUGUAAAAAGCCUCCAGUUUAUUGCAUCAUAACGGAGUACAUGUCACAAGGAACCCUGAGAAUGUACUUAAACAAGAAAGAGCCCUACUCACUCUCAACCGAGACUGUUUUGAGGCUCGCCCUGGACAUAUCAAGGGGAAUGGAAUACCUCCAUUCUCAAGGGGUGGUUCAUAGAGACCUAAAGUCCAAUAACCUGCUCCUUAACGACGAAAUGCGAGUCAAGGUGGCUGAUUUUGGGACGUCGUGUCUUGAGACGCAAACACAAGAAUCAAAGGGAAAUAUGGGGACUUAUCGUUGGAUGGCUCCCGAGAUGGUUAAGGAGAAGCCUUAUACGCGUAAAGUGGACGUCUAUAGCUUUGGUAUCGUUUUAUGGGAGCUUACGACUGCAUUGCUCCCAUUUCAAGGGAUGACUCCGGUGCAAGCUGCAUUCGCAGUAGCAGAAAAGAACGAGCGACCACCACUCCCUGCAAGCUGCCAACCGGCCCUUGCCCAUCUAAUCAAGCGAUGUUGGGCAGCAGAGCCAUCAAAGCGUCCAGAUUUCACGGAGAUCGUGCAGGCUCUGGAGAAAUACGAUGAGUGUGUGAGGGAAGGCCUCCCGCUGACACCUCACUCGGGACUCAUUAGCAAAAAUGCAAUACUUGAUCGUUUCAAACGUUGUGUGGCGAUCGACUCUAAUUCCAUACCUGUACAUGCCUAAUUAAGUCCUUGAAAUUAAAUGUUUUUUUUUUUUUUU